CGGUCGGUCCGGUCAGCUGGUUCCGUCUAAUCGGUGUUCGAUAGCUUCCUGAUGGUAAGCCGAACGUGAUCCACCCGAUAUAGAGCCGCACGGGUAAUCGAGCCUCGAUCAUCAAGGAUCGGAGACGAAAAUCAGCGGCCCGCGCGCCGCAUGUGCGCGAGUGUGCAGCUUCUCCACCGGAAACACCAACUGCACGGUGCGAGGUACCAAGUAAACCGAACGAUAGGAAGAGGCGACGGUGGAAACCGAAAACGAGGUGGCAGAUAGAAACGGGCGAGGAACGACGGUGUACACCUGGUCAGGCAGGAAAUGACUAUAUCGUACGCGAGCGAAGUGCCAAACGGCUCCAGCUUUGGCUGCUUCUGGAGGAUCCUGGUCAAAUGGCGGGGCUCCGUGUACAAACUAAUUUGGCGAGAACUGCUGGCCUACCUGUUCGUCUACUACGUCAUCAAUCUCACAUAUCGAUAUGCGCUCAGUGAGCACCAGCGGGUAAUCUUCGAAAAGAUCAGAUACUACUUCGGGAAUUCCAGUGAGUCGAUACCGAUGUCGUUCGUCCUGGGAUUUUAUGUGAGUCUGGUCGUGAAACGAUGGUGGGAGCAGUACAAAUUAUUACCCUGGCCCGACAACUUAGCUCUCUUCAUCAGCGCCGCGAUUCCUGGAAACGACGAGAGAGGGAGACUGAUGAGGAGAAACAUCGUGAGGUACGCCGUCCUCGCGUAUGUCAUUACGCUGCAAAGGAUUUCGUUGCGCGUUAAAAGGCGAUUUCCAACGCUUCAGCACAUCGUAGACGUUGGUCUAAUGAUGGAGUCCGAGAAGAAGAUCUUCGAGAUGAUGAACAAAAAAGCGGGCAUGUCGAAAUAUUGGAUGCCGCUGGUAUGGGCGACCAACAUCAUCAACAGGGCCAGAAGGGAGUCCCUGAUAACCAGUGACCAAGUAGUGCAGACCCUCCUUGUCGAGCUCAGCGACAUCCGGAAGAGGCUUGGCGCGCUCAUUGGUUACGACACUGUUUGCGUUCCUCUCGUUUACACUCAGGUAGUCACGCUAUCGCUGUACGCGUACUUCUUUUCCGCCUUGCUCGGCAGACAAUUUAUCGAGCGUACCGACAAAGGUGGUGGGAAAUACGAGGAACCCGACAUGUAUUUCCCAUUUUUCACGGCUCUGCAGUUUUGUUUCUACGUGGGAUGGUUGAAAGUCGCCGAGGUGCUCAUUAAUCCCUUUGGCGAAGACGACGACGACAUUGAACUGAACUGGCUCAUAGAUCGACAUAUUAAGGCAGGAUAUAUGAUCGUGGAUGAAAUGCACGAGGAACAUCCAGAGCUGUUGAAGGAUCAGUAUUGGGACGAAGUUGUGCCGAAGGAUCUACCGUACACGGUGGCCAGCGAGCAAUAUCGACGAGAAGAACCGAAGGGAUCAGCUGAACACUAUAAGGUCAAAGAGAGCGAUGCUCUUUAUGCAAACGUUAUGCUGGGUACGCAGAUUCACAAUCACGUUCAGCAUCGCAAGCCCCACCAGGAUGACAUGUAUGCCGAUUACGAGAGCGUCGACACUCCGAUAGUGGAGCGAAGGAAGAAUUGGCUGCAACGACAAAUCACGCGAAUGGGUUCUGUACGCAGUUCCUCGACCACUUACAGCAGUGGCGGUUUCUUUUCUCGAAAUCGCCACAACAGUGUCUACAGCAGCCCUGAAACUGGAGGGAUGCCGCAGACAAAUAACCCGAACCUGAAGAUGUCGCUUUACGAUCGUCUGGUGGGUGGAAAGAGUAUUCGCAAUCAACAAUUGGGUCGACAAGUUACGACGACGAAGCCGAGCUCGAUGCCAAUAUCCCUGAAGAACAGACCACGCAUACCGACGCCAGACGUGACGAAAGAGGUGGUAGACCGUGAGCAGAGAUUAGCCCUGUCAGCGACGAACGCCGCGAACAUCGGCGCGGGUGUCGUCGGAGUAAUACCAACCAAUGGCCAUUACCCGACGGACCUAUCGGUGGUGCAGGUGGUGCUCUCGCCCAUUCAGGAAGCGGAGGGCACCCCCGUGACGGGAAAAUCCGGAGCAGCAGCUUUGGCGCAGGCCGUGCUGUCUCCAACUUUAACCAGCGCCGGAUUGGUGGCUCCGGUCACCCUGACACCGGUCACAAUGAAUCAACUGACGCAUUUAGGCCUGAUGACGACCACCACCGCGUCGAUGCUCAAACCUAACAAUCAUCCGAAUGGUAUUCAAGCGACUCUGACCGAGGUGAACAGCAGCGAAGAAGAAGGCUCUGGCAGUGGUAGCAGUAGGAGUGGUAGCAUUACGGGGCAAGAAGAACGAUCGACGCCAUUGAUCACCCCUUUGAUCGGGGACACGAACAGUCGGUUGGACAGCAACGGUAGCUCACCAACGUUCGACAGCUACACCGACCGAUCUCCCAUUCUGAUGAGUCCCGAGAAAUUGGGCUACGUAGUCGCCACGGUGCCGACUACCAACCAAAACGGCAAAGCUGGAUCGGACCCGCGAGGCAGACGAUCGACAUCGCUACCUGGCCCUCCGGUGUUGCAACCUAGAGAAGACAGGAGCAUGUCUCUGCCACACUCGCCAGGAUUACAUCCGAGAGAGAAUCGUGCGGCUUCCGUGUCGCACGGCCCCGACCCUCCCAGCAUCGACAGGCUUUUGGUACAUUGCACGCAGGACACGCGUCACAGGACCAGCAGCAUCGGCCAUGAUCUUUGCAGGUCCACGCAGCGCGUCCAGGACACCUCGAGGAAGAUCAGUAACGUGUCCUGCACCAACGCAUCUCUUUCGAGCGGGCUCGGUACGCCGGCGAACACGGGGACCAACAUGGGGCCCGCCAGCACACCAGGCACAGGCAGCAAGAGGGGGGAGGUGUACGUCUGACCCGAGACACUCGGAAGCAACGUCGUAGAUUAUUUUCUGUCCCGUUCGAGUCGAUCGUAGCGCGACAAUAUCGAACGACCGCUUGCCUGAAAAAUCCGACUCCGUCCGUCAUUCGCGAUGACUUCGCGCGGUGAGAGCAGGAAGUAAUCUUUCCGCGACGAAGGAUAAUGGGGCUCUCCGUCGAAUCGAUCGUGCUCGUUAUCGUUGACUACGCACGAAUCGCUGGACAAUGUCGGGGAAAGCUUCGAACUACUGUAAAUACCAUCGUAAAUCCUGAAGCAUCCUAAACGCGAACGAAAGUUCGACAUCGCGGUCGAUGUAAAGUUACCCGAAACGCGUCGUAUUAUACCUGCUAAUCGAUUCUGUGACUCGUAUUUGUGUGCAAUAAUAACGAACGGACGCAGUUUCGCGAUUCCUUCGCGGGAAUCUCGGAACAAUACUUUUUUUCACCGUAUGUGCAAUAACGUAGUAGCGAGAGAACGCGCCGGUCGAGAUUACGACACGUGCCGUUCUAACGCUCUUAGGCUAGACAUUCUUUCUUAAAAGACCCGAAAAUGCGACUAAUUUAAAACGAGUACGUUCUUGAUACACAUAAUGUUACGCUUCUGUUGUCCACGGUUUACUUUGGGUACAGUCGGUGGAACAGAUAUAGCAAUCUCGUGUAUGUGCUUGUAGGGUAUCGAUUUUGAUCAAAACUGCGUUUUUAAAAUUCAUUUCAAAAUUCAAAAUUUGUAAGUAUAUAAGAAAUAUGUGCCGACAUGAUGUUAAUUUUCAAAGUUAGAUAUUGAAGAAAAUUUUGAACACGUCUCAUAAAUUUCUACGAAUAAAACAAAAUUUUGGUCUCGUAGAAAAUUUUACAGGUUUGUUCUAGCGAUCGACAUAUUCUUCACAAAGUUUUUGAAAUUAAUUUAAGUGGAUCCCUAAAUCUGUUCAAUCGACUAUGCGUCGUAACAUUGUGAUACAAAUCUUUCAGUGUGAUAUACGCAGAGGUGGAUUUGAGAGUUUUCGCAAGUAUUCGAAGUAUAAGUUUUCGAAACUGUACUUGGAAGAAGUGAAUUUGUUUUUUGUAAAUAGCCGUCCGUCGCGAGACGAUACGCGACUCAUCGCUUUCGCAGUUCUUGAGGUCCAUAUUUAUUCGAUGAAAUACGGGGACACGACGUAUUCGGCGCGCUCGAGAACGCUUCGAAGCGCUUCGAUUUCGCGUCAGGAAAUGACGAUUGCACGCGCAACGUUUGCCAUAUUUGCUAUACUCGGAGACACUUCGCGUAAAAUUGCGGGCAAUUGAAACGGUAACGCUCUGUCUCGUGUCUCGAGACGAUGUCGUCGACUCAGCAUAUUAUUUUAUGAUUGUGUAACCAGAGUUGUGUAAGUUUUAUUCGCGAAUAACAAAUACAAAUUUUAGAAAAAAAAACCAUUAGCGAAUUCUAAUUUACGAAUGAAACGUAAAUGGAAAUUCGUUUGCAAAUGAAUUUCAAAUCUUUAUUCGUUAUUCGUGAAUUAAAUUUGUGUAAUUCUGUUGUUGACCCUGGUCCUACCUCACUAUAAAUUUGGAUCACGUACCAAGUUUGAAUAACUGUAGGGUCUGAGUAAAUUUAUCUAGUAAUAACUUAAUAAUACAUUGAACAUCAUUAGUAUAUAAAUUUACUUGCAAACAUUACUCAAACUUGCUAUGUGACUCUAUAGGAUUAGGGUUGAUACGUUGACUAUUCGUACCUGGAGUCGCGAAUGCGACUCAAACGUCCAAAGAGACGAGAUUUUCAUUUUAACGUUCUACUAUCUUUUCUAGUAACUAUGCGUCUCUCAUGACGUUGCGAUAUUGUUUAGUUUUAAAAACUCUUCUAAAUUAUCGGUACAGACGAUGUUUAUUCUGUGCUGAAAAAGCUUCGAAGUCAAAAUUAUUCUAAUUCACACGCGGGUCAGCGAACUAUCAACUUGCUAGAGCCAUUGUCGAGUCAAGUAUCUGAUCAAAAAUACUUCCCGUUCGAAAAAGACUGUCCUUUUUUACCUUCUCUAUUUCAAUGAUAGUUAUUUACCUUUUAUUCUCUAUUCGAAAUUUUUGAUCUAGUUAAGAAUUUUGCCUAUCUUCGCACUAUACUGCUGAAUUAUAUAAAACAAUCACGAUAUUUAGUUGAAGAAAGGGUUGACUUGACAAUGAAUUUAAUAGCUGUUCGAAAAGCUGGCGAAUCGAUAUGCGUAAUGAACGUGCGUGAUCAACGAUAUUUGAACAAAAUCCACUUAACUUGGCGAACUGUACGGACGAAUGGACUUUCUUCUCUUUACGAGCGUGCGCAUUUGCUAUUCAGUUGUCCGUAUUUAAUCGCGCAACAGCUCAAGAAUUUUUCUACCAACUCGGUUUUCAUAGACCACUUAGUUAUAAAUAACGAAGAUCGGUAUACUAGGAGGAUCAAGUAUGGUGGACGAGCGGACGUACGUGUAUAUGUACAUAGUAGAACAAUUAAGUUAAGAUUGUUUGGUGUAUGAGAUUACGAAGAUGCUCAAUGGAGACGGACGACGAGUAGCGUACGAUACGCGGCGAAUUUGUUGUGUCGUGAUUCGAUACUUCGUCGUCGAUGAGGAUCAUCUCUCAACGAUAAAUUGGCAUCACCUUAGUUUGACCAUUAGUUAGUAAGAAUGAUAGCUCGAAGCGCGAAAUAUGUAAAUACGAAAGUAUUUUUAAUCUACUUGUUGUUUCAUUCAUUCUGGCGAUGUUGUAACUUAAGCGGAGCUACUUUUCCUGUUAAAAAAACCGUUAAUUUAACAUCGAAUACGUGAAUAGCGACAAGGAAGGAGAAUGCAAUCUGGUCUCGUUGAAAUUCGGAUCGACGCGAUCAGUAAUUAACUAAGAUUGUCCGUAAUUUUGUUUAGUUACGUAAACCAUGAUAAUACGAUCAAGCUCCGCUGUACUAAGAACAGAAAUUACUAUCGUCAGUAGCGAGGAUGUGCCCUUAAGCAUACUUCUGGGUAACAUAAUAUUCCAUUGAAUGUUCUAUGCGAUCAGGAAUGCGUUUUACGCCACGAAUAAAUUAUUUAGAGCGUAUUUGCUCUGUUGAAGAACACUAAUUAUAUUAGUCGAGUGCUGCGUAUGACUGUCGACUUCGAACAAAGGUAGGAGGCAACCGAAUUUGUAGAUAUUUAACUCACAGUAUUUGUAAAUAGAUAACAUCUCGGAAAUAAUAUCUUCGAUCUGAGACUCUGUUUAUAAUAUAUCGGUAAACAAUUGUUUCGGUGCACGAAUUGUGUCAACG